UCCUGGGCCGAUGUAGCUAGGGGACCCGCUAUUCCAGCUGCAGUCCCGCCUACCAAAGUCAUCCCCGCUAAACAAAGCCGGGAAGUCCUAGUUCGGGGAGGCCAAUUACCAGCCGACCUAGCUAGGAGAACCCCACAGGAAAUCGUACAGGCCGCCUUUGGGGAACAGGCCAAGGAGGCCCGUCGUACCUACGGAGUAUUAGUCAAGGGCCUAAGGAAGGCCGAUCUUCAGGGUGUUACGGAGGCCGACUUUGCUAAGGAGGCCGAUUUACGGGCCGUUGGGAAGGUGGUUUUCCGGUUUCCCAAGGACCCGGCACUUAACUGGGUCUCCGUGGUUGUAGCCUUCGAGAGUCAGGAAGAGGCCAAGAAAGCCUGUGAUUCCGGGGUCCUAUUCCGGGCCCAGUUAUUUAACUGUGAGCCCUACUGGGCCCCGCUUCAGCCGACCCAGUGUUAUAGGUGUUGGAAAUGGGGACAUAUUGGUCGGUAUUGCAGGAAGGCCCCGCUCUGC